CACAGAAUACUCGGCUGUUCUUAAGAAUCAAUUUCCCAUUACUAAUUCAGUUCUCCGUCAGGGUUUUAGCUGUUUUAAUUUCGAUUAUUGAAUCGAGGAAGAAAAAAUGGAAGAUAUAAUCGUGGCAGUAGUGAUGAUGGUUGUGAUUUUCUCUCUGAUUCCACUGUACUUCUGGAGACGUCGAGUCGAUUCCCGCCCUCGCGAACAUGAAGAAGAGCCUCAGGAAAUGCAAGGGGAAAGAGUGGUUAGGGCUGGUGGUGGUAAUCCACGGGGGCGAAUGCGCCGAAGAACUGCAGCUUCUUCUGCUGCCAGCACAUCAUCAGCUGCUGCUAAUGUGGAAGAAACUCUUGAUGGAAGCGACGAUGAAGAAGAUGCAGAUGGGUACUACACUGCUAAAGCAUCAAAGAAGAAGGAAAAGAAACGACAAGAGAGAGAAGCACAGCGCCAGGCUGAAGAUGCUUCACGUGACUCGAGGAGAACAAAACAAGACCGUUAUGAAGAGAUGAGGAGGAGGAAAGAUGAAGAGCGCGAAGCUGAAGAAAGAAAGCUGGAAGAAGAAGCCAUAGCUCGCAAAGCCAAGGAGGAAGAAGCUGCUGCGUUGGAUUUUGAAAAGUGGAAAGGAGAGUUUUCUAUUGAUGCCGAAGGUACAACAGAAAACGAAAUGCAAGAUGGAAGCCAAGGACUGCUCUUUGAUUUUGUGGAGUACAUCAAGAAGCAUAAAUGCGUUCCUCUGGAGGAUAUUGCUGCAGAGUUCAAGUUGCGAACUCAGGAUUGUAUCAAUCGAAUAACCUCACUCGAGACUAUGGGAAGAUUAUCCGGUGUAAUGGAUGACAGAGGCAAAUACAUAUACAUAUCACUCGAAGAAAUGAAAGCUGUUGCGGAUUACAUCAGGCGCGAGGGUAGGGUUAGCAUUUCACACCUUGCUAGCAAGUCUAAUCAGUUUAUUGAUUUAGAACCAAAAGCCCCGUUAGUUGACGAUAUUACCCCCAUAGAGGAGAUAGCUUUUGCUUGAUCUUGUGAGAAACUCGGUUAAGUAUUAAUUAAUGUGUAUGAACAAAUUAAAAUGUACCUUUUAGAUGAAACUUAAUAUGAGCAUACUUCAUCUGGAUUUCA